AUGCCGACGAGGUUGUCGGUUCCUCUCACUCCUCGCCGUCACUUUGCGCGAUGCACGGAGCCGCGUCUGUUUGAGGUGAACCCAACUCGCGAGAGCUACGUGAUCGAGGCUGCCUUUGAGUGGCCUACCUUUCGCUUUAUCUGUGAAGGCGUUGACAUCGAUUUCAAUGAGGACGUACGCGAGGCGCUGGCAGAGGUGCUUCCCCCUUCCCCGUCGAACUUCACCCAGCGGGAGGAAGGCGCAGCACUGCAGCUACCCCAGGUACUUCAGGCAUUUCGGUCGCUGUGCCGGCGGCAACUUGUCUCGUUCGCGCAGGUCUGCUCCACACCGCGACGGCUGGCAUCUUACUAUGAGACUCUCGCCGGGGUCAGCCCGGUGCUCGCGGUACUGGCGGCGGAGCACUACACCUUCGCCGGGAUAGUGGCGACACACGCGAAGAAGAGUGUGCGGGAUGCCGUGCUCGCGGGCGUCGACAGUGGUGCGACUAUCGGGUGCAUCGCUGAGCAAGAGCUCGUCGCGGAGGGCCCUCCGCUGAACACGGAGGCGCGGUAUGACAUCCACGAGCGGUGCUUUGUGCUUCGUGGCACAGGCAAGUUCGGUGUGGUGGCAGCGACCUGCGCUCAGUGGGCCGUGGUGAGCGCCACCCUCACCCUCAACAAGAAGGAGCACAACGGCACACACCUCUUUUUGGUCCAUCUUCGAGAGGGUGAUGUCCUUGGUGCGCCAGGGCAGCUUCGUCAGGGCGUAUCGGUGCGCCCUAUCACGGGCGAGAAUAUCGUCAUGGCUGGCUGUGGCGUGGCCGUGCUACACUUCGAGGACGUGCGAAUCCCGAGCGAUCACUUGCUCGACCCGUACUGUAUCACAAGCGAGUCAAAAAUAGGGUACGUGGCUGGACAAGAGGGUCACGAACCGGCAACAGAGGUACUACGCACCCGCCGCCGGAUCGCCACCGGCGCCAUUUAUAUUGGUGCGACGAAGAAGUUCCUCACCGACGUGGUGGCCUACACCGCCGACAAGUACGUAGUGGGACCUGACUAUCACCGUAACUACCCCUUUCUGGGCCUUCAGCACAUUCAGUCGCCGCUUGUGAGUAUGGUGGCCAAGUCGUAUGUGUACCUGGCUGCGUGGCAGCGGCUCCUGCCAGUCUUCACGGACCCUUCCGGGCUGCCGUCGUAUGAAGACCACAUGCGCCUCGUCGGCACGGUUCACUUCCUACAGGAGAACCUGCUCGACUUACAAACGUUCGCCGACAAGACCAUGGGCCUGCACGCUUCUUUCACCAGCACAGGCAAGGACGCUGCUGUAACUCUUGUUCAUCUCCGGCAAGAAGGCCUGGACACCUCCGCCUUGAUACGCGAGGUCGCCUUUCAGUCGAUCACCAAGAACAUCGGCACCACACACUGGGGGUGGUGGUUGACCAGUUUGUUGCAGUCGGUGUUUCCCGCGCUCGAUCGCUUUUUGAAGAACCCACUGUACUCGCCUCGCAUUGCCGAUCUCGGACGCCAUCUGAUCUUUUUCAGCCACAAGCACUACAGUCUCAAAAAGCGUCUUCGGCAGUCACGCGAACUAGAGCGGCGAAAAGGCGGCAGCGAGCACCAGUGGUACGACUGGGCGAUGUUCCGCCACCGCACUGUCGUGCACUGCGGUGAGGCGUUCAUGGAGGCGUACUACCUUGAUGUGAUGAUGAAAGAGACUGAGAAGUGCAGUGACCCGCGUGGACGCAAGAUCCUGCGCGACAUUGGCUGGAUCUACGCCUUGACGCGACAGAUGGACCGGUUGGACUUUUUGCUCUCGUCGAAGAUGCUGAGCUCCGGCAAGGCAGAGACGCUCGCAAGCCAUCUUGACAAUAUUGUGACAGUACUCGCGCCACAAUGCGUGCAUCUCGUGGAGGCAAUGCAGGUGCCAGAGGUCGCUCGUGCGCCGUGCCGCUCAGCCAUGUACAUGGAGACUUACUGGACAAUCCCAGGCACGAACACACACAUUGAGCGUGGGGAUCGACUCACCCUGCAUAGCGCUGCAAACGCCUCAUCAUCCAAGGGCGGCCGCGGGGCGGAAAGUGCCAAGGCGGAGCAGGAGGCGAUACGUGAGUCCACGGAGGAGUUUGACCUGUUUCACGGUCUCGCCGACGAGCCGUCGUACGCGCGCCGCAAGGCGCCGUAG